AUGCUCUCCAUUUCAUCCUCACCCCCUCUCUGCCUGAGCCUCCUCCUCUUCCUCUCGUACCACUCCCUUGUUCUAUGUGGUCAGAUUGGGACCCGUAAACAGUGCAAGUCUGCUCCUUUUGCACCGGGAUACAACCUGGCGGGAGAGGGCUUUGAUGUGGUCACCUCGCGUCGAAAAGGAGCCUACGUGAUUGACGUGAGGACCUUCCUGUUUCCAAAUGGAACCUGUACUCUCUAUUCCAACCCCCUUCAAGGCAACAUCCUGCAGAAAAUACCAGUCUCUGUAGUGGACUGGCGUGCAUUCAGCCACUGCGAUCUUGAUGUCUACAGCAGUUCACACUCCUCUGUCAGCUCAAUGAUGGAUACUUACAUGUCCCAAGAAAGUUAUGACUGGAAGAUUGGACUGGAUUUAGAUCAAUAUUUUCCAGCGAGCUUUAAGGUUGGGGGAACACUCUCGAAGGCAUAUAAGUUUGCUAGACAAAAGAACAAACAGGAUCGCUACUUCUUCAACUUACACACGAUCAGCUGUCGCCAUUACAGUUACCGUGUGUCAAGCCCACCACCCCUCAGCUCUCAGUUCAGUAAAGAUUUGGCGACACUGCCAAGUCAAUACAAUUUCCACGACACCAAGGCUAAGUACCUCAGACUCAUACGUAUCUACGGCACACACUACAUUCGCCAGGUUUAUCUUGGAGGCAGACUCAGGCGGCUUACAGCUGCACGUACCUGUUUGUCAACACUCAAUGGGCUCUCCACAGAUGAGGUGCAAUCCUGCUUAUCACUUGGUCUGAAAGUAGGCCUGGGAAACCUGGCAUCAUCCAGUUACCAAAGGUGCAGCAGAGUCCUACAGAACAAGGACUUCUCCACCUCGUCUCGCUCUGGUCUCCACCUACAUCAGACAGAGGUGGUAGGAGGCACUAUUUGGUCUGGGGAGUUUUCACUCUCUCAUAAGGACUCCUGGGGUUAUGAAAACUGGUUAAAAUCCCUCAAGGACUACCCAAAUGUUGUUGGGUACUCCCUCAGACCAAUGUAUGAACUGAUGCCAAAUGAAAUACAAAAGGCCAUAAUGAAGUCUGUCACCUUGACGUACUUGGCAAAACAUGCUGUGAGAAACUCACACCGAGAACGAGAUUGUGGGUGGGGCAUUCCCAACCUGGCACCCAACUGCUGUCCUCAAGAGGCCUGGAAAGGAACACUGGAGGUGACCAUCGUCAGAGCCUGGCGUCUGAAAGGAGAUCUAUUCGGCCUCACAGAGGGGUAUGUUACAAUGAGGUAUGGUUCCAUCUACCGCAGGACUGAAAUGAUCGAGUCAAACUACCCAACAUGGAACGCUCAUUAUGAUCUGGGCACGGUGGAUACAAGGAACACUUUCGAGUUUAAGGUCUGGGAUGAUGACUCAACGUGGAAAAAGGAUGACGACCUUUUGUUAUCAUGUGACACCACUCCGGAAUCGGGGUCAUGGAUAUACACCUGUUGGUCGUCACUAAGUAAAUUCCAGGCCGAGUUCACGCUGACCUGCGACCCUUACCUGACUGGACAUAAGUGUAAUUAUUACAAACCCUCUCGACAACAUCCAACCAUGUUCUCAAUUUCAUCUUCACCCCCUCUCUACCUGAGCAUCCUCCUCUUCCUCUCGUACCACUCCCUUGUUCUCUGCUGUCAGAUUGGGAACAGCAGCCAGUGUGAGUCUGUCCCUUUUGUACCAGGCCACAACCUGGUGGGAGAGGGCUUUGAUGUGGUCACCCUGCGUCGAAAAGGAGCCUACAUGGUUGACAUUAAGACCUACCUCACUCAAAGCGGCACCUGUACUCUCUGCUCCAACCCCCUUCAAGACAACAUGCUGCAGAAACUGCCAGUCUCUGCUGUAGAUUGGCGUGCAUUCACCCGCUGCAAUGCUGACCUCUACAGUAGUGCACACACCUCUGUUAGCUCACUGAUUGACACUUAUACCUCCCAGGACAGUAAUGACUGGAAGUUUGGGCUGGAUUUAGAUAAGUUUAUUUCAGCCAACCUGGAUGUUGGUGGAACUCGUUCGUCUGCGUAUAAGUUUGCUACAGAAAGGAGACAAGAGGAUCGCUACUCCUUCAGCACACACUGGGUCACCUGUAGUCAUUACAGUUACCGUGUGUCAAGCACACCACCUCUCAGCUCUGAGUUCAGGAAAGAUUUGGGGAGACUGCCAAUUGUCUACAACUCCUCCACCAGGGCUCAGUACAGUGAAGUCAUAAAUACCUACGGCACACACUACAUCCGUCAGGUUAAUCUUGGGGGCAGACUCAGGCGAGUCACAGCUGUACGUACCUGUUUGUCCACACUGAACGGGCUCUCCUCAAGUGCGGUGCACUCCUGCUUAUCACUUGGUCUCUCUGUAGGCCUGGGGAAGGUAAGCUUAUCCAGUAGCCAAAGGUCUUGCACCAAUGUCCUACAGAACAGGGACACCUCCACCUCGUUCAGCUCUGGUCUCCAUCAACAUUACACAGAGGUGGUAGGAGGCAGUUUUUGGUCAGGGGAGUUUUCACUCACUCGUAAUGACUCCCUGGGCUACGUGAACUGGCUGAAAUCCCUCAAGGACCACCCAGAUGUUGUUGGGUACUCCCUCAGACCAAUGUACGAGCUGGUGCCAAAUGAGUCAAAGAAGGCUGGGAUGAAGGCGGCCAUUGAGCAAUACUUAGCAGACAACGCUGUGAGCAAGUUACAAAGAGAACCAUAUUGUUGGGGUCACACUCCCAACCUGGCACCCAACUGCUGUCCUCGACAGGCCUCGAGAGGAACACUGGUGGUGACCCUCGUCCGAGCCUGGAAUCUGAAAGGAGAUCCAGUUGGCAAGACUGAGGGGUAUGCCAGGAUGUGGUACGGUUCCAUCUACCAUAGGACUAAUUGGAUCAGGUCAAACUCCCCUAGGUGGAACGCUCGUUACAAUCUGGGCAAGGUGGAUACCCACUUGGGUUUGAAGGUUGAGGUCUGGGAUGCGGACGGCCCUCCGCCGCAGGCAGACGACCGUCUAGGAUCAUGUGUGAGAUACCUGAGCCAGGGGUCACACAGCUUCACCUGUCCUGCCCCGGGAGGUGGUGCCAAGAAUGCUGGCUUCGAGGUCCAGUACACACUGACCUGCGACUCUCACCUGACUGGAGACAAGUGUAAUCGUUACAAACCAUCUCCACAGUGA